AUGCUCAGCUGCGCUACAGCCAGCAUGCCCGGGAUGAUCUGCAAGAACUCAGACCUGGAGUUUGACUCGCUGAAACCCUGCUUCUAUCCGGAAGAAGAUGACGUCUACUUUGGUGGUCGCAACUCGACGCCUCCAGGGGAGGACAUCUGGAAGAAGUUUGAACUGUUGCCCACGCCGCGGUUGUCAUCCAGCAGUGCCUUGGCAGAGAACAGCCCGGAGCCGGUGAACUGGGCCACAGAGAUGCUGCUGCCUGAGGCCGACCUAUGGGGUAACCCGGCCGAGGAGGAUGUUUUUGGCCUGGAAAGACUCCCUGGCCGCACCAGCAACCCGGUCAUCCUUCAGGACUGCAUGUGGAGUGGCUUCUCCACCCGAAAGAAUCUGGAGAGUGUGGUGAGCGAAAAUCUGCCAGAAGACUAUGGUUCCCUGGUCGUCGGCCCCGUCACCUCAGCCCCUGGAGCGGCGGCAGCCGCCAGCUCUGCGGGCCACGCGCGCAGUGUUACAGCAGGUGUGGGGCGUGGGAAAGCUGCCUGGCUCACAGAGCUCUCCCACCUGGACUCGGGGUGCGUGGACCCUGCCGUGGUCUUCUUCCCAACAAAUAAGCGCGAGUGGAUGCCGUUACCCGCCAUCCCCGCCAGUGCUAGCGCGGCAGGCACUGAGUUAAGCCUUGGUGACCACCAGGGCCUCAGCAGCUCCCAAGAGGGCAUCCUGAGCAACUCAGGUAACGAAGAGGAAGGUGAAGAGGAAAUCGCUGUGGUCACGGUAGAGGAAACUCGGUCCUCUAAGAUUGCCCCCAGGCUCCCCACCGCGGCGCAACCCGAGAACGCAGCGCUAGGUCCCGGGCGCGCGCAGACCACAGAGAUGAUCCUCAAGCGCUGCGUCCUCAUUCAUGAGCAACACAACUACGCCGCGCCACCGUUGCCCUAUGUGAACAGCGAAGACGCGCCGCCACCGCACAAGAAGCUCAAGAGCAAGGCUUCGCUAGGGCCCCUCAAGUCUGUCCUCCCGCUGAAGACUCCGAGAUUGGGUCCCCGCAACUCAGACUUGCAGGACACAGAGCGUCGCCGCAACCACAACAUGAUGGAGCGCCAACGCCGUGACAGUAUGCGCUCCAGCUUCCUGAACCUCAAGGACCUUGUGCCUGAGCUGGUACACAAGGAGAAGGCUGCCAAGGUGGUUAUCCUGAAAAAGGCCACCGAGUAUAUCCACACCCUGAAAGCUGAUGAGUGCAAGCUCCUGGUGGAAAGGGAGAAAUUGCAAGUAAGGCAACAGCAGUUGCUGAAGAUAAUCAAACACGCUGCGAUGUGCUAA